CUCAUCUUCGCGGAGUCGCGAAGCAAGCUAUCGAUGCGGAAAAAUUGCACCCUUCCUUCUUCGUCUCCUUCUCCUUGGUUGCUGCGUGGUAUAAUCUUCUACCUAUUUUUAAAAACGACUCUUCAGAUAAGUGUCUGUCCUAAAAGUUUGCGUGCUUGGGGUUUUAUAAUGAGAUGAGUGAUUGUUGCUGCAUUAAUAUCAAGAUGAUCACUCAUACUCAGCUUCGUUUUUAGUACUUAUGCUAGAUGAAGCUAUAUCUUCAAAAUUUAUCAACUACUAACCUUUCUCGUCAGGUUUUGUUUCUUUUCGGCGCAGCGUGGUGUCUCUUGCUCACGGUGCCUCCUUCCGAUGGCUAAAUCUUUACGGGUAUCUACUGGCUGUCUAGUGGUUUUUGGUGUGGAAGCAAUGGAAGCACAGAGUCGGCUGCUGUGUUUUUGGACAGUGAAUUUAUGA